AUGUUAAUUUCUUGUACGGUCAAGGAACUCAUAACUGAACUGCAGCUUCUGAUUCAGACUACCUCGCAUAAGUUGGAUUCAUUGGCUAUAGGAGCUGUAUCAGCCAUACCUCGUAAUCUACAGGAACUAGAAGUUGUACAACGAGAUGCCAUACAUUUAACCGCAUCGUUGGACAUGGUGGAGUUGAAUCGAGUACAGGAACAAUCAGAUCUGCCUUUAACUCGUUCGGAUCCUCCCCAAUCUCCAGUAGCACUCGCUUCAAGCAUGAACCAAAAGUCGCCUUCUAUCGAUGCAGCCUUUUCUCAGCUGUCGCUUAUGGAUUCCAUUCUUGUAAGAAUGGAAGCAACUCGUACGUGUUUAAAAGAAGCUGAAAAUUGGAACACUUUAUCGGCUGAAAUGGAUGCUAUAUUCAUCUCAAAGGACUUUGCAAAGGCAGCUCGCCGCUUUGCUGAAGCUAAACGAUCUCUUUUUUUACUUGUCGGAUCUGCUUCCUAUGAUGAACGUCAUAGAUUGCUUACCUCGUUACACACACAGUUACUGGACACGUUGAAAGGUCAGCUCGAGUCUAUUCUUUUACAGACAAGAUCUCCUGCGGAUACUGACAAAGACAGUGGUAGUACUAGAGACAUAGACUUUGAUGCGGUACAGCGUUUGGCAGCUGUGUAUUUGCAAUUGGACGCAUUUUCCGAGUUUUGCAGAUUGUAUGCACAAACUUGUUGUGGUCCAUUGUUGCUUCAGUGGACCAAUGCAUGCACUUCUGCAAGCAAAGACAAGCUCAAAAUCCUACAGCAUUUUUUUGAUCAAGCAGUGGCAGUUGUAUUGCAAGAACUUGAUCGUGCUCCUUUAAACCCAAAUGUUGUGGCAGAAGAAUCGACAGAAUCUACAGCACAUUUAGUGCACGCACUUUUAGAUUUCCUGUUUUCCAACAUGACGCCGCGUCUUGCUGCAUGGAUUCGUGGUAUAUACGAUUCGUUUGAAUCUCAAAGUGAGCUGGCGCUGCAUACGAUCGUGCAGCUCUAUACUAUUUCAAGCUGUUUUGUUCAAGAAAUGCAUACUCGUCUUUCAACGUUUCAACUUCAACCUGACCAACAAGAUUCGUCCUUGUCAGUUAAAGCAUUUUCUGCAUGGAAAACACUUGUGUUGGAAUGUUUUAUUCCCUACCAGCAAGAGUACAAUGUAUUGGAGCGACGCAAUUUCAUGCAACAUCUGCCAGAUUCAUCCCAGUUGAAUGAUGCAAGCUCCAUCUCCGAGUUUUUAUCAGAGUGUAAUUUGCGAGUUUUUGUAACAUGUGAGGCAGCAGUUGUUCGCUGUGAGAAAUUGACAUUGGGAUUGGGAUUAUUUGUUGUAGCAGAGGAAAUUGACAAGUAUGUGGUUGCCAUUGCAAAUGUGGCAAUACAUACGCUACAAUUUUUACAAACUCCUUCCAAUACGCAUGCAUUGAUUGUUGCAGGACAAGCAGCUACAGCAUCAAGUUUGGCUUCAGGCAAUACGGGUAAUAGUAAUACUGGACAAGAUAAUGUUCCUUAUACGAGUGGGUUUGCAAGUGAUGCGACAGAUGGAGUGUAUGGUCAGGAUGAAGAGUGGGCAGAUUUCCGUGCUGCUGUUGCAGUACACAACACAGUUGUUUCCUUGACGGUUCGACAUCAGAUGCUGACUGCUUUUAUUUGGACUGCAAUGGAUCGAUCUGCCUCUACUUGUUUUUCGACUACUGACACAAAUGACAUUUUCAUUGCAAGAGUUUAUUUAAAGGAAAUGAUUCAGCAAGGUCGGAUUGAUUACAAUACUCUGCAUAAGCGCGUGUCAGAUUCAGGAAACCAUCCCGAGCCUGAGAUGAACAAUGAAAAUCCAUCCUCAAUCCAGAUGCUUGAACAGACACUAUCAAGUCAAAUGCAAGCGAGCAAGACAGCACUGACGUCAGCAGCGAUUGCAUCUCAAAAGCUUGUAUUUCAAUGUCUUUUACAGCGAAUGACUCGUGAAAUGGAUGGAAUGUUUGCACUUUCGUGCUGGACUUCCCAAUACACAAACACUGUAGCAGGAUCAUUUGAUACGCAACUGCCAGAGUUUUCACUCUUGCCACUUGCAUACAUGACCAAUAUUGGUGAGCAGCUCUUGGCGCUUCCACUGCAUUUGGACACGUUUGCUGGUGAGCAGAGUUUACAGUAUUCACUUGCUACUCUUCCUGGAGUAGAAUGUAUUGAUUUAGAAGAUCAAGAAUCAAUUGAUGUGACACAUGUAUGGAUUCUGUCCAUGUCAAGAGCGAUUGAAUCAAGAUUGAUGGAUCAAGUCAAGCGUAUUCCCACACUUUCUUCUCGCGGAUGUCGACAAUUGGCUACUGACAUCAAUUACCUCUCGAAUGUGUUUUCAGCCAUGGAGAUUGAGCCUCAUAUGACAUUACAGGUUAUGAUACAGUGUCUCGAAUGCAAUGAGCAAGAUCUUGAAAAGAGAAUGACGGAACAAGAUACAGCAGAGAAUUCAGAUAUACAUCAAAUGAUAGUACAGAUUGCUUCACAGAGAGGAUUGUCUGUUCCAGCGAGCAAAUAA